UUAAAUUCGUAUAGCUUCAGAUGUUUUCGUGCGGACGACAUUUCACUUUCUUUUCAAUACCGAGCCAAAUUAUCAAGUGAAAAAUUGUGACGGCGGAUGAUGGAUCCUAAUAUUUAUGAAAGCAGAUCCGAUGGCAGAGGUGUUUUUGAAGAAACGGAUAAGAAGACGGAACAGAAGAAGGAGGCAGACGCUGAGCAAGCGCGUUUGGAUCGGUGCAGACGAAGGGCCGAAAGAAAAGCUAUAUGUCGUUGUGGCCAGGAAUCCAGAACUGGAGCUAGAUCUAGAUCUAGAAGGAGGAGACGAAGAAUUAUCUCACAGAAUCCCUUUAUCAUCUUUUAUCUUGAGAUGUACUAUAAAAUGCCCAACAAACAUGUGACAGAAGUCGCCCGUCAGGCUGGCAAGGAAUGGUGCGCUUUGCCUCAGGAAGAGAGGAUAAAGUACAUACGUUUGGCAGAAAGAGAAAAGAAAAGACGACGGAGGUCUGGGAGGGGACGGAGGAGGAUAAGAAGAAGACGCAGACGUCGUGAUCUAGAUAGCGAUUAAACAUCCUAAAAGAAAAUCCGCCAGUAACACAAAAGAAGCAAAACAGAUAUAAUAUGAAAAAUAUGAGAAACUAGAAAAUAAGCUAUGACCGGUAAAAUAACAUAUUGAAAAUUUCCGCUCGUCGAAAUGCGUUUAUAACCUUUAAAUGUUUAUUUUAUUUCAAA